GGGGAACCGAAGCAACAACAGCAAUGAGGGGGCUGCGGGACGCAAAACGUCUCUUGCAACACAAGGCUUGUUCAUAACGAUGCUUCGCACGCGUACCCUGCUGCACGCAAUGACCCGUGCGGUCUCUGCAGCUGCUGUGGCGUCGGCCCCACGACCGCCUCUCGCCACUCUUGCGUCGCCGUCGCUCGCUGCUGCCCGUGCCUUUGCCACUCGGCCCGCUACCUCUGCCGCCUCUGGUGGGGAGACCGCGUCGAACACGCCGCCGCCACCGCCGCCGCCACCGCAGGCCGAGGCCUGGUCGCGACCGGCGCAGAUCCUGCACUGGGCCAUGGGCUUUACCAUUGUCGGCCUGGUCGGCUCGGGCUGGCUCGCCGGGCAAAUCCCCAACGAUCCGGAGAAGACCGACGAGAAGACGCUUGCGUGGCGGUCGACAAUGAUGCACUACCAUGAGUCGUUUGGCUUGCUCAUGCUCGCCGCCAUUGUCCCGCGCAUCGCCAUCCGGUUUAUGCACAAGGCGCCCAAGCAGCUGCCCGGCCCUGCGUGGGAGCAUCUCGCCGGCAACCUCUCGCAUGCCGCGCUCUACGGCGCCAUGAUCUUCAUGCCGGUCUCCGGCCUCGCAUUUGGCUACUACUCGUGCUGGGGCGUCCCGUUCUUUGCAUGGAACGUGCCCGGCCUGCCGAAGGAGCAGUACGACGAGCGGGCCAAGGCCAUCGAAGACUUCUUCUACACCAACCACCACCGCGUGGGCCAGGUGCUCGAGUACCUCGUCCCGCUCCACAUCGGUGCCGUCGGCUACCACCAUCUGCUCCGUGGUCACAACUUGCUUGGCCGGAUGAACCCCUUUGCCGCCAAGGUCGUCUCCGAGACCGCCAAAAAGGUGUAGCGCUCAGCGCUGAUGCCGAUGCUUGUCGGCUUGCGCUGCUUGGUGAAGAUAAAGCGCAC